GCCUAGCGGAGCUUCCGCUGAAGGACUCUAGAUCCGGCGGCUAGUGGAGGUGAGCGGCGGUCUGCGAGGGCUCGCACUGGAAAUUGAACCCAGGGCCUCACGCAAGUAUUGUCCCACCGAGCUACACUCCCACCCAUGUGAAUGAGUCUCGUGAUGGAGAGUUAGAAGAGAACUUUGGGAACUCAGAAGAGGAUCCCAGCCUAAAUUGGGGAUGGUGGCCAGGACUUUGGGCUGUUCAGCGCCAUGCAUCCUUUACAAUGCAUUCUUCGAGUACAGAGGUCUCUAAGGUGGGAACCGUUGACCUCUGUGUCCUGGCUCUUGUUCAAGACCUGUAAGGCACACAGCACUCUCCCCAGCACUGCAUGCCCCAGUCCAGGCCAGCAGGAGGAUAGAGUUCACAAGGAUUUCAGCUCUAGGUUGGCCACUGGACCGACUUUUCAGCAUUUUUUAAGAGCUUCAGCUCCUCAAGAGAAACCAUCCUCCCCAGAAGCAGAGGACCCACCCCCCUAUCUCACAGUGGAUGAACUUCUAGGAAGGCAGAGAAAAGUCUACCUUGAGACCUAUGGCUGCCAGAUGAAUGUGAAUGAUACAGAGAUAGCCUGGUCCAUCUUACAGAAGAGUGGCUACCUGCGGACCAGUAACCUCCAGGAGGCUGAUGUGAUUCUUCUUGUCACUUGUUCUAUCAGGGAGAAGGCUGAACAGACCAUCUGGAACCGUUUACAUCAGCUUAAAGCUUUGAAGACAAAACGAUCCCGCUCCCGGGUGCCUCUGAGGAUUGGGAUUCUAGGCUGCAUGGCUGAGAGACUGAAGGAGGAGAUCCUCAACAGGGAGAAAAUGGUGGAUCUCUUGGCUGGUCCGGAUGCCUAUCGAGACCUUCCCCGACUGCUGGCUGUCGCGGAGUCAGGGCAACAAGCUGCCAAUGUGCUGCUGUCUUUGGAGGAGACCUAUGCUGAUGUCAUGCCAGUCCAGACAAGCCCCAGUGCCACCUCUGCCUUCGUGUCAAUAAUGCGGGGCUGUGACAACAUGUGCAGCUAUUGCAUUGUUCCGUUCACACGUGGUAGGGAAAGGAGUCGUCCUGUGGCCUCCAUUCUGGAGGAGGUGAGGAAGCUUUCUGAGCAGGGGCUAAAAGAAGUGACUCUUCUUGGUCAGAAUGUUAAUAGUUUUCGGGACAAUUCUGAGAUCCAGUUCAACAGUGCAGUGUCUACCAACCUCAGCCGAGGCUUCACCACCAACUAUAAAACCAAACAAGGGGGGCUUCGUUUUUCUCACCUUCUGGAUCAGGUUUCCAGAGUAGAUCCUGAAAUGAGGAUCCGUUUCACUUCUCCCCACCCCAAGGAUUUUCCUGAUGAGGUUCUGCAGCUGAUUCACGAAAGAGGCAACAUCUGUAAGCAGAUCCACCUGCCUGCCCAGAGUGGAAGCAGUCGUGUGCUGGAUGCCAUGCGGAGGGGAUAUUCAAGAGAAGCUUAUGUGGAGUUAGUUCACCAUAUCAGAGAAUCUAUCCCAGGUGUGAGCCUCAGCAGCGAUUUCAUUGCUGGCUUUUGCGGGGAGACAGAGGAAGACCACCUGCAGACAGUGUCUUUGCUUCGGGAAGUUCAGUACAACAUGGGUUUCCUCUUUGCCUACAGCAUGAGACAGAAGACACGGGCUUAUCAUAGGCUGAAGGAUGAUGUCCCAGAAGAAGUAAAAUUAAGGCGUUUGGAGGAACUUAUCACUGUUUUCCGAGAAGAAGCUUCAAAAGCCAAUGGGACCUGUGUGGGCAGUACCCAGCUGGUACUGGUAGAAGGGCCCAGCAAACGCUCUGCCACUGACCUGUGUGGCCGGAAUGAUGGAAAUCUUAAGGUGAUCUUUCCUGAUGCAGAGAUGGAGGACACUGCUAACCCUGGGCUCAGGGUCAGAGCACAGCCUGGGGACUAUGUGUUAGUGAAGAUCACCUCUGCCAGCUCUCAGACACUUAAAGGACAUGUCCUCUGUAGGACCACUCUGAAGGACUCCUUGGCACAUUGCUGACCUGAGGGAAUGGGCUCAGCAUUGAGUUGGGCCAUCCUUCUCUACAGGAAGGGCAACAUGACUGGUCACUAAUGAAAGUGGUAAUGAAGCUUCAGAGACAGGAGCGAGUGGUGAAGUGACUGUGUCUAAUGGAAGCCUCAUCUCCUUGUGCUGCAUGAACCCUUGAUAGUCAUUAAAUUUACCUGAAACGAA